AUGGAAGCCAUCUUUCUCUCUCCUGGAUUAGCCCUCUGGAGUCCCCUUCCACACUCUCUCAUAGCUACUGUACUUCUACGCUGCUCUCCUGACAAGAAAUGGGUGUUUGCAUGUGGGACAUACAGUUGUGCCUUUCCACAGGUAUUCCUCGCAGAGGACUUACUGAGACCAUCAGAAGGCAGCGCUCCUCUGUCUACCUUUCUCCCACAUAAAUUCUGUACCACCGCCUGCUGGAACCCAAAGAAGAAAAAUAGGAUAACACUGAUGUCCGAAAAUGGCCGCGGAAAAAAGACAGAAAUUAUCACCUUUGAUCUAACAAUCAAGAGGAACGGAGACCGAACAGUUGUCCAAGCAUAUGAGAUCUCACAUUUCCAGUUGGCACCUCAUCUGAAGUGCCCUUUCUGGAUAGGAGCCAGUGAUGGAUAUCUGGUUGUCUUUCCCAGUGGGCCAUACUUGCUCCUCUUCAGUAUCACUGGCCUCCUGCUGCAACGAUUUCAGGACCACCAGACGCCCAUCGACAACUUCUGGGUGGAUGCUCUCUAUGUGCUCACCACAUCUGAAGACUCUGUGCACCUGUACCUGUGGGAAGAGGGAGGCUGCCCUCCAUACCUCAGGAGCUGCUGUCACCUGGACAAUACAUGGCGUGAUCAUGCACCACAUGGCUUUAUCUCCUGUGUGAUGUGUGACAACGCAAGCAUAGUACUUAAGGUGAGAAAUAUAACUGAAUCCAGCAUUCUGGUGAUGUAUUCUUUCAAUAUGUAA